AUGGCGGCCCCCGAAAACUCCGCGGCAACGCCAUCGCUGCUGGCGGAGGAGCCCGGCCCGACCUCAGACGCCGAGCUGAGCUCAGCGGGCUCCUCCUCCUCCUCGGCUGCUCAAGCGCUCCCCGGUCCCGGCGCCGCGGCCCUUGAGGUCCAGAAGCCCGUGGCGGCGGAGGCGGUGGCGGCCGGGGAGCUCCCCGUUGGGCCCGGCCCUGCGGUCCCUGCGGCCCCCGCGGACGGCGAGGCUCGCUCCCCGCCACGCCCUGGCGGUUCCCGGCCUGGCCCCGAGACGUUCCGUCAGCGUUUCCGGCAGUUCCGCUACCAGGAUGCGGCGGGCCCGCGGGAGGCGUUCCGGCAGCUGCGGGAGCUGUCCCGCCAGUGGCUGCGGCCCGACAUCCGUACGAAGGAGCAGAUAGUGGAGAUGCUGGUGCAGGAGCAGCUAAUGGCCAUCCUGCCCGAGCUGGCGCGAGCCCGGCGUCUUCGGCGCCGCCCCGACGUGCGCCUCACCGGCUGAACGGGCAGUAGGGAGCGGAUGGUGUUCAGGACUGGUGCCUGUGAUGGGGCCCCGAGGUAGAACCUGGUACCCUCCCCCUCCCUCUCCACUUGGUGUUAAUGAGAAAGUUUGACAGUUAAUGAAAAAGUUUGAC